GGCCGUUUUGUCGUCUUAACUAUACUUACCUCCACUAUCUCUCCUCUUUAAUUAAUUCUCUGUUGUUAUCAUUUAUUUGUUUUCCCAAACUUUUCUCUCUCUCUCUCUCCCCCAAAUAUCUCAAAUUCUCGAAAACUCUCCGAUUUCAUCGGCUAGGGUUCUUCCCCGAUUCUUAAGUUCCUAGUUUGAUUUAAGAUUUUUGGUAGAUCCGAGGCUGCUCUUGAUCGAUGGUGAUCACGGAGGGACGAUUCCGCGUCUCUCUUGUGUCCUUUCUUCUUCUUCUCUUAUCUGCAUCUCCUCUAAUCUCAGCUGCUGAUUACACUCCCACCGACAAGAUCCUCUUAAACUGUGGUGGCUCCUCUGAUUCCGCUGACACAGAUAACCGGACAUGGAUUCCCGAUGUCAAGUCCAAGUUCUUGUCUUCAUCGGGAGACUCUAAAACCUCUCCGGCCGCGACUCAAGAUCCUUCCGUCCCCGAAGUCCCUUUCAUGACGGCGAGGAUUUUCCGAUCUCCCUUCACUUACACUUUCCCCGUCGCUGCAGGCCGUAAGUUCGUGCGUCUCUACUUCUAUCCAAACUCAUACGACGGUCUCAACGCCACAAACUCUCUCUUCUCCGUCUCCUCCGGCUCCUACACUCUCCUUAAGAACUUCAGUGCUUCUCAGACGGCGCAGGCCUUGACGUAUGCCUUCAUCGUCAAGGAGUUUAUUGUGAAUGUUGAAGGUGGAGCAUUGAACAUGACCUUCACACCAGAGUCAACACCAAAUGCUUACGCGUUUGUGAACGGGAUUGAGGUUACUUCAAUGCCUGAUCUUUACAGUAGCACAGAUGGUUCAUUGCUUGUGGUUGGUUCCUCUGGUUCUGUCACCAUCGAUAACAGUACGGCGCUUGAGAAUGUUUAUAGGCUGAAUGUUGGAGGCAAUGAUAUCUCGCCUUCUGCUGAUACAGGUCUCUACAGAUCUUGGUAUGAUGAUCAGCCUUAUAUCUUUGGUGCAGCUCUUGGAAUCCCUGAGACUGCUGAUCCCAACAUGACCAUUAAGUAUCCUACAGGCACGCCUACGUAUGUUGCUCCUGUUGAUGUGUAUUCAACCGCUAGGUCCAUGGGCCCAACUGCUGAGAUCAACAUCAACUACAAUCUCACUUGGAUUUUCAGCGUUGACUCUGGCUUCAGUUACCUCGUUAGGCUUCAUUUCUGUGAGGUUUCUGCUAACAUCACUAAGAUCAACCAACGUGCGUUUAUAAUUUACCUCAACAAUCAGACAGCUGAGCCUGAAGCUGAUGUUGCUGCCUGGACCGGUGGAGGAAACGGAAUCGCGUUUCACAAAGACUACGUGGUGAAUCCUCCAGAAGGCAAAGGACAACAAGAUCUAUGGCUUGCUCUUACUCCAAACCAACGUAACAAGCCACAGUAUUAUGAUGCUAUUCUCAAUGGAGUUGAGAUAUUUAAGAUGAAUGCCUCUGAUGGUAAUCUUGCUGGUCCAAAUCCUAUACCUGGUCCAGUAGUGACUGCAGAUCCUUCCAAAGUCUUGCGCCCGCGUACUGGUCAAUCCAAGAACCAUACAGCUAUUGUUGCAGGCGCAGCCAGUGGUGCAGUAGUUUUGGCCCUUAUCCUCGGUUUCUGCGUAGUGGCUGCUUACCGCAGACGAAAACGUGGUGAUUACCAGCCUGCAAGUGAUGCAACCUCAGGGUGGCUUCCACUAUCUCUGUAUGGAAACUCACAUUCUGCUGGCUCGGGAAAGACAAACACAACAGGAAGUUACGCCUCGUCACUUCCCUCAAAUCUAUGCCGUCACUUCUCCUUUGCUGAGAUCAAAGCCGCUACUAAAAACUUUGAUGAGUCCCGUGUGCUUGGUGUUGGAGGUUUCGGGAAGGUUUACAGAGGAGAGAUCGAUGGUGGAACUACAAAGGUAGCCAUCAAGAGAGGUAACCCGAUGUCUGAGCAAGGUGUACACGAGUUCCAGACUGAGAUUGAAAUGCUUUCAAAGCUUAGACACCGUCAUCUCGUGUCGUUGAUUGGAUACUGUGAAGAGAACUGCGAGAUGAUCCUAGUGUAUGAUUACAUGGCUCAUGGGACAAUGCGUGAGCAUCUCUACAAGACUCAGAACUCUCCUCUUCCCUGGAAGCAACGUCUUGAGAUAUGCAUCGGUGCAGCCCGGGGCUUGCAUUAUCUGCACACUGGUGCGAAACACACGAUCAUACACAGAGAUGUGAAGACAACGAACAUCCUGUUGGAUGAGAAAUGGGUGGCUAAGGUCUCUGAUUUCGGUCUGUCAAAGACUGGUCCAACACUAGACCACACACAUGUAAGCACAGUCGUGAAAGGCAGCUUUGGUUAUCUUGACCCGGAGUAUUUCAGACGGCAGCAACUCACUGAGAAAUCUGAUGUCUACUCUUUUGGCGUCGUUCUCUUCGAAGCUCUAUGCGCACGGCCAGCCUUGAACCCGACACUGGCAAAAGAACAAGUGAGCUUAGCUGAGUGGGCACCAUACUGCUACAAGAAAGGCAUGCUUGAUCAGAUAGUGGACCCUUACCUCAAGGGCAAGAUCACACCGGAAUGCUUCAAGAAGUUUGCUGAAACAGCGAUGAAGUGUGUGCUAGACCAGGGCAUUGAGAGACCGUCGAUGGGAGAUGUGCUGUGGAACUUGGAAUUCGCGUUGCAGCUUCAGGAAAGCGCAGAGGAGAGCGGGAAAGGAAUAUGCAGUGACAUGGACAUGGAUGAGAUUAAGUACGAUGGUGGAGACUGUAAAGGGAAGAACAACGACGACAAGAGUUGUGAUGUGUAUGAAGGGAACGUGACUGACUCAAGGAGCAGUGGACUUGACAGGAGUAUGGUCAGUGAAGAUUCAGAUGGGCUCACUCCAAGUGCUGUGUUUUCUCAGAUCAUGAAUCCUAAGGGACGUUAGAGAGUUUUAAAACCCGGUACACUGCUACUACCUUUCUAAACCGGCUCCAUGCAAAGGAGACUGGUUCGUUUCUCUUUCUCUCUCUCUUUUUUUUUUUUUUUUUUUUUCUAUCUUAACUAUUUAUUAUUCUCUUGGCUGUUAUUUAUUUAGAAUUUUGGAUUUGUGUAUUUGAUACUACCACGAUGAAGAGUGUAAAAAAUAAUGUAUUUUUUUUUCUUUCUUUUUAUUACAAAACAUUAAACAUGAUUCGCGUAAAUGUACGACUUAUUUGGUUUGUUAUAUAACGCUUUUGUAAUGGAUGC